CUAUCGCAAACCGUCAUCCAGGUUACCAUGAACUAUCUAAGCGAUUCCUUUGCCCUGAAUGGCAACAGAUUAACUUACAAAAAAUUCAAUAUAAUAGCCAAACUGGCCUUUAUACUGUACCAAGUGCAAGUACUAAUAAAUUUUACAUUGUUGACACCUCUAUAGGGACAUGCACAUGUCCUGUCGCACUCGGUAGAGCUCCAUGCAAACAUCAGGCCGCAGUUGCGGUAAAAUAUCAUGCAUGGUCUUUUGAUUACAUUCCAGCUCUUUCGCUUGAUGACUGCGUGAAAUAUAAUUACAUUGCAUGUGGCACAAUUGUUGAAGAUCCAACAUUUUUUGCAUCAUUACGGGCAUCCAACAAUGAAUGG